GGGGCGUGUCUGCCCCCCAAGACCUCAGGGACUGGAGGAGUGGGCGCUGCCCCCUCUCUGAAGAGCUCAGUUAGUUCCGGAGUUGAGGCGCAGGUGCAGGGAGGGUACCUAUCGAGCCCCCCAGGAUCCGAUUUCCGCCCUCGGAGUGACUUGCGGCUCCAAGCCCAGGUGGGAUUUGGCUUGGUGGCCAUGGGCAAGCAGAACAGCAAGCUGCGGCCCGAGAUGCUGCAGGACCUGCGGGAGAAUACAGAGUUCUCAGAGCUGGAGCUGCAGGAGUGGUACAAGGGCUUCCUCAAGGACUGCCCCACGGGCAUCCUCAACGUGGAUGAGUUCAAGAAGAUCUACGCCAACUUCUUCCCCUACGGUGACGCCUCCAAGUUCGCGGAGCAUGUCUUCCGCACCUUUGACACCAACAGCGAUGGCACCAUCGACUUCCGGGAGUUCAUCAUCGCGCUGAGUGUGACCUCGCGUGGCCGCCUGGAGCAGAAGCUCAUGUGGGCCUUCAGCAUGUACGACCUGGACGGCAACGGCUAUAUCAGCCGUGAGGAGAUGCUGGAGAUCGUGCAGGCCAUUUACAAGAUGGUUUCGUCCGUGAUGAAGAUGCCGGAGGACGAGUCGACCCCGGAAAAGAGGACUGAGAAGAUCUUCCGCCAAAUGGACACAAACAACGACGGCAAGCUGUCCUUGGAGGAGUUCAUCCGCGGGGCCAAAAGCGACCCGUCCAUCGUGCGUCUGCUGCAGUGCGACCCCAGCAGCGCCUCCCAGUUCUGAGCGAGGAGCCAGGUUUCCCCUCCCUGCCUUCACUGGCCCUCUCCCGGCUCUCAGCUUCCUCGCCCUUGUGUCUGUCCAGGCUGGGGGUCAGAUUGCCACCCCCAGGGUCUGCACUCUGAGGGGCCUAUGGAGAAAGGAACCCUGCAGCCCCCCCAAGGCCCAAGCCCGCAAGUGGUUAGCACCCCCCAUCCGGGAGGCAAUAUCUCCCUUUGGCAAUGAUAGAGACACAGGCUGUGGCUUGGUCUGCGCAGCCUCAGAGUCAGCCCUCCCUUACCUAGCUAUCAGAACUUCAGCCAUUCCCUCUCCCCCACCCCCGCACACACCCAGCCACGAGGCCAGACUUCCCUCCGCCAACCAUGGGGCAAGCUUCCCUGCCUCCACCCCAACCCUUGU